GAAGAAAAAAUUGAAAUAAUCGAUUUUACUUCUUGUUUUUUUAGAACUUUUGUUUUCUGUUCUUUUUGUUUUCUCUUCAUCUCAAUAACGAACCAGGUCGAUCAAUGAACAUUAAGAGAGCACGAGGUUAGACUUGAAAUCGUUUGUAAGUAACUAUUGAUUACGAUUAGAGACGAAGAUAAUGAUGAUAACCUUUCUCUCGACAUUUGAAUAUAAAUUAACCUCGAAAAGAAAAAAUUGUCGAAUUGAGUAGACACAAGUUGAAAAAAGUUCUAACGAUUAUUUGGAUGAUAAAAAUAUCGAAAUAAUAACAAUUAACUUUAAUCAUUCAUCUUCUAAUUGAGUCUAACCUGAAUUUUCAUUAACUCAAAGUGAAUUAUAAGAAAGUGUCACCAUAGUAAAAGAAAAACCUUCGAUUAAUAAUUAGAUUUAAUUGUUCAAAUUCGAGGAAAAGUGAACAGAGAGAAAAAGGAAAACAUCAAGAGCAGAAUUUUUCUCUCUAAAAGUCAUGAUUGAAUUAAAGAAUAUCAACCAUCAAGUUAACCAUCGAAAAUUAAAUUCCAUCCAGUGGAUUUAUAUGUGUUCUGAAUGAUUCGAAUCUCAAAUUCUGACUCGAUUGAUCAUCUUAACUCAUCUAAACCAAAUUCGCCAAGUGACCAAUUCAUUCCCGUUCCCGUUGAAAAAAGUGACCAAAAGGAAGAGGAAAAACUCCAAGAGCUGAACAUGGAGGAAAACUCAUAUUCUGAUAAUAAGAUUUACCCGGAAGCGGUUGUUUCAACCAUCUCGAAUAAUUUACUCACCGAUUUUACUAUUUACUGGGAAAACUUUUCAGUUCCGGUUGAGGUUAACCCUUAUGUCCGUUAUAUUGGCCGUAAACCGGAGUUUAAAUAUAUUUUACGAAACAUUGAUGGUAACUUUAGGUCAGGUCAGUUGAUCGCUAUCAUGGGACCGUCGGGAUGUGGUAAAUCAACUUUGAUCAAUUGUAUCGCUAACCGUUGGCAUGGAUCAACUGAAGGUGACAUUUAUCUGUCAGGUGAUCGUGCUCGUUUAAAUAUGGCCUUUAUCCCUCAGUAUGAUAACUAUUUUGACGUUCUAACGGUCAAAGAGACACUAGUUUAUGCUUCGAGGUUACAAACGUCCACUCUGGUCGCGUCCAACUAUUACAAGGCUUAUAAGGCCUUGUCUCAAGAGGGACCAUCGGCCAGAUUGGAUGUUCGUAGGUUCACAGUUUCCGAUACAAAUUAUCACCAUUUGGCCUCAAAUCAUAUUCUAUCUCUUUUUGGUCUCGAUCAUGUAAUGUCCACUCGAGUUGGUAAACUUUCGGGUGGUCAAAAGAAACGACUCUCAAUUGCACAAGAGCUCAUCUCAAGACCGGACAUUUUGAUUCUUGACGAGCCAACUUCGGGUCUUGACUCCGCCGCUUCAUAUAAUUGUAUUGAGAUAUUAAGAUCUUUGGCCUCAGCUAAGCCGUCAAUGCUCAUAAUGGUCACCAUUCAUCAGCCUAAUAUGAAAAUUUUUGAACUUUUUGACAAAAUUUACGUUCUCUCAAGUCAAGGUCAACUUGUUUACGAUGGUCCACCAGAAGCACUGGUUCCCCAUCUCGACAAAGUUGGUACACCUUGUCCCGCUUUCACUAGCCCGGGUGAUUUUCUAAUUGAAAUAGCCUCAGGUGAACAUGGCCUCGAACCUUUGAACAUCCUACUUGCCAAUCCAACGGCUUUUGAAAAUAAAUUUGAACGAGAAACAUUAGAUCAGAAAAUUUUGAACCAUUCAGCAUUUCGAGCCUCGUAUCCACAUUUUAAGCAUUUUAUUAUCCUCUUUCAACGAGCUUUCAUCUUAAUUCUUCGUGACCCCUUACUGACCGCCUCCCGUUUUGGGAUUCACAUUUCAAUGGCACUUUUUCUGGGCUGGUUUUAUGGACCUUACAUCGGUCGUUACGGUGGAUGUCCACCCGAUCUUGGGUCAACCUUUGAUAUUCAUGCAAUUCGCACAGCAUCAAACGAAGUACUCGACGAAGCUAAAGGCCUACUGGACAACUUUUCCGCUCUAUUUUUCUCUCUCCUCUUACUUAUGUUCGGCUCUUUAACACCAAUGUUAAUCACUUUCCCCCUGGAAUUGUCCAUUUUUAUCAAAGAAAAGUCCAACGGCUGGUAUGGUGUUGGCUCUUAUUUUCUAGCUCGAACUCUUGCCGAUUUACCAUUUCAGGUCAUCACUUCCGUUCUUUACGUUUCAAUCACUUAUUACAUGAAUGGUCAGAUCAAAGAGUGGGACCGUUUCAGUGCUUACUUGACCAUUUGCGUAAUGGUCGCUCUAAUAGGCCAAUCACAUGGACUUGCGAUCGGCUCAUUUUUCGUACACAAUGUGACCGCAGCCGUUUUCCUAGGCCCUGCCUCUUGUUUACCUUUACUUUUAUUUUCUGGUUUUCUGGUUAAAAUUGAGACAAUGCCGGCACUCCUGCGACCGUUGACCAACCUUUCCUACAUAAGGUUCGGUUUCGAGGGUGUCCUAAUUUCGUUGUAUGGAUUUUUUCGCUGUGGCAAGGGGACAAUGGAAAAAAUUGACAUGAUGAAAUCAAUGUUCCAGGGAUGGCUUAAUAAAAUGUUUGCCAUCGCAUUUGAAACAAUAACCGGAGAUGAAGAUUCACCAGAACAAAUUAAACAAGUUCGAGAUAUAACCGAUUCUCUGACCACAGCAGUGUUUAAUUCCGUCGGCGGAGGGCUAGCAAAAGGUGCAGGAGGCAAUAGAACCGAAGUCGAAUCGGGUGUGAUGAUUAUCUACAAUCUAAAAGAUGAUUAUCUUCGACGAACCUUCUGGGUUCUAGCAGUUAAUCUGUUCGUCUAUCGAUUUAUCACUUUUCUCAUUAUUCGUUAUCGAGCCUCUCAUUGAGAAUCAUGAAGAAAAAAGAAAAAAAAAGAAAAACAAUCAAUCAUCAAGAGACACACUCAGUGUUGAUAUUAUUCAUUGUAUUGAUUAUCUUUGACAUUAACAUGAAAACUUGCGCAUUCAUAAAGAUUUUCAGUGUAUCAUUUCAUGAUAAAGUUCAGUCUCAGUUGAUGCAGAGCAUGAAAAAAGAAAAACCAGAAAAAAGAAAAAAGAAAAAAAGAAAAAAAAAUUCUGAAUCUUAUUUUCUAAUCUUUUUCUUUUGUCUCAGUGCAAAAAGAAACAAAUAUUUUGUUGAAAAGUGUACACAUGAUGAUUAUCUAUCAUAUUUAUCUUUCUUGGAACAGGGGGAAUUAAGGAGAAAUAUCAAAUUCUGUGUGUGUAUGUGUGUUGAACAUGACACAAAGUCAACACUUGGAAGAUAAGAAAGUUUCAAGAAAAGUUCUGAAAACUUUUUCCAUUCAAUUUUC